GGUUCUCCUGAUAUCUAUACUAAUUACCUUCGAUUGAGUUGGUCCAAGCCCAUAUGUGGGAGUUGUGAAGAAAUAGGCAAGUAUUGUAGAUUGAGGAGGAGGAAUAACAGCAGCAGCAGAAAACAUGAUGAAACUGAAUGUUCUCACAAUAAUAUUCCUAACCCUAACCCACCAUCAAUUGUUGCGGAUACUCCUUCACUUGGCAAACAAGCUACAGGUGAAACAAUAAGCCAAGUUCUUAAAGGUGAAUUUUCUAUAUGCCUCUUCCCUUGAUUUUUCUAGAGAAGGAGUCUUCCCUCCUAAUUUGGUUGUUUAAAUUUGCAGGUGUGAUCCCUUUCGGAUUGUUUCUUUUUCUUGUAGUCAUGGUAACAGUAUAUCUUGUCCACAGAUCAAAUAAAUCAAAGAAAGAGGAUCAAAUGAAAAUUGAAAGAUUUUUGGAGGAUUACAGAGCUCUCAAGCCUACAAGAUACACUUAUGCAGAGAUUAAGAAAAUUACUGAUAAUUUUAAGGAAAAACUAGGCCAAGGAGGUUAUGGAACAGUGUACAAGGGAAAGUUUGCCAAUGAUGUUCACAUUGCAGCCAAGAUCCUCAACAAUGUCAAGGGGAAUGGGGACGACUUCAUCAACGAAGUUGGAACAAUAGGCAGAAUUCACCACGUCAACAUGGUUCGCUUGGUCGGAUACUAUGCUGAUGAAUUUAAAAGAGCUCUCGUUUACGAGUACUUGCCAAAUGAUUCGCUAGAGAAGUUUAUAUCAUCCAAUCAGGAAAAAUGUUCACUUGGUUGGGAGAGACUGCAAGGUAUUGCUCUUAGGAUAGCCAAAGGUAUUGAAUAUCUUCAUCAAGGGUGUGAUCAACGAAUCCUUCAUUUCGAUAUUAAACCUCAUAACAUCUUGUUGGACCACAACUUCAAUCCCAAGAUUUCAGAUUUUGGUCUAGCCAAGUUGUGUUCGAAAGAACAAAGUGCUGUAUCCAUGACUGCUGCUAGGGGCAUCGUAGGCUAUAUUGCACCUGAAGUGUUCUCAAGGAACUUUGGGAACGUAUCAUACAAAUCAAAUGUCUACAGUUUUGGAAUGUUGUUGCUUGAAAUGGUUGGAGGAAGGAAGAAUACCCAUGUUACAACACAGAAUACUAGCGAAGUUUACUUCCCUGAAUGGAUCUAUGACCGUUUAAAUUAUGAACAGGGGAUUGUGGUUGAGGAAGACGGAGAUGCUAAGAUUGUGAAGAAAAUAACAAUUGUGGGACUUUGGUGCAUUCAGUGGUACCCAGGAGACCGGCCUUCGAUGAAAGUUGUUGUUCAAAUGCUAGAAGGAGAUGGAGACACUCUGGCCAUGCCCCCCAAUCCAUUUACCACCACAAAUCCCAAAACUGCUACAGGUGGAAAGUCUUUUGACGGCAAGUUAGAAGUCAUUUCUGAAUCUGAGUGAGAUAAUAAAAUUAGUAUUGCUCGUGUUAGAAUUUUUUU